AUGCAACGCUGGUGGUUUUUGGAGGAAAAUAAUGACGGAAAGGACCCUUCGUCGUCGUCUCGGCAGUCAGAAUCAUCGUCAGUGAAGAAAACAAAACAACCCAAGCCCGACGGAGAUCGCCGGCACACGUUUCGCGUCCUGGUGACGUAUGAUCUCCUCAAGGACGAAACCAUUGCAAUCACGGGUAGCUGUGAAUCUCUCGGCAAUUGGGAUCCGGAACAGUGUGUUCAACUGCACCCAGAGAGCGAUGGUGAUAGCAACAUUUGGCGCCUGGAAACGGAGCUACCUCGGGGCGUGUCCGUAAAGUAUCGUUACAUGAUCUGUUCGGUGGAUCCAACUAGUGAAAAUGUACACGUGCGCCGGUUCGAAACACACAUCGUACCUCGGCAGGUGCCGAUCGAUCUGCUCGAUGACGAUUCCAGUGUCAGCAAGCAGUCCCAGCAGCAGCAAAAGCAAGUCCAACCAAAGAUCGACACUCUCGGGGAUAUCGACGGAAACAUUAAGCUGGAUAAGGGUUGGCUCACCACGGAAACCAUCGUUCAGUUUAAAUUCUUCGAUAAUCCUUUUUCGGUGAAGGAACGCAUCAAGAACCGCCUGUUGUACGUGAAAAUCACGACGAUGAAUCUGCGCAUCAACGCGGAAUCACAGCAGAACCUGAACUCGUUGCUGGAGGAAUCGCUGUCGAACGAUACGCGUGAGAAUGGUACCGAAUCAGCGACCACCUACUCGUUCACGGAAGUGGCCUCGUUACACAACCCGAACGCCAGCUACGAGCAGCAAUCGCAGUUCGGUUGUCCCUACCACAAGGACGACUUUCUCAUCUUCAACGUGACGGUGGCCGAACCGGAGAACGUGGCCUACCUCGUCGAUCUCUACACGCACAGCUCCCGAUCGAAGGAGGAUGAACCGCCGUAUCACCUCGGGUACCACUACAUUCUCCCGAAUUUCCUAAAGAAAUCGGAGGGCAUCCUUGAGCUGCCGGUGACGUGCGCCAGCAAACAUCGGCCACUUGGAAUGAUGCGUAUCGAGUACCUGAAGGUGACUCCACUUCUGCCGGUCCGGUGUAACCUCGAGCGAUCGUACAUCCGGUACUGGAACAAGCGCUGGACCGGGCUGGACGUUGGUCAUCGUGGAUCCGGCACAAGUUUUAAGGCAAGCGAUGGCAACGUGAUCCGCGAGAACACGAUCGCGUCGCUGAAGAAAGCGGUUGCCCACGGUGCCGAUAUGGUGGAGUUCGAUGUGCAGCUGAGCAAGGACUUGGUGCCGGUGAUCUACCACGAUUUCGACAUCUACGUGUCGCUGAAGCGCAAAACGACGCUCGAGACGAACGACAUGCUCGAGCUGCCGAUGCGCGAACUCACGCUAGAGCAGCUGAAGAACCUGAAGGUGUACCACGUGGUAGAGGGUAGAAACCGCGAGGCCAAAUUCUUCGACGAGGAGCUCGACGAACAUCAACCGUUUCCGCAACUAUCGGAAGCGCUCGACCUGAUCGAUCCGCACUGUGGCUUCAACAUCGAGAUCAAGUGGUCACAGAAGCUGAAGGACGGCCGGAUGGAGGCGGAGCUGGCCUUCGACUCGAACCAGUACGUCGACUGCAUACUGCGCACGGUGCUGGAGAAGGCCGGUGAGCGUCGGAUCGUGUUUUCCUGCUUCGAUGCCGACAUCUGUACGCUGCUGCGCCUCAAACAGAACCUCUACCCGGUGAUGUUCCUGACGCUCGGUGUCACCAGCCGCUAUCCGAGUUACCAUGAUCCGAGGUGUAACUCGAUCGAGAUGGCGGUACGUAAUGCUUACGCCACGGAAUUGCUCGGAAUCGUCGCACACACCGAGGAUCUGCUGCGCGAUCAAACGCAGGUGAACCUGGCCACCGAGAAGGGUCUCAUCAUUUUCUGCUGGGGCGAUGACAAUAACUGUAAGGACACGAUCAAGCAUUUAAAGAGCCUUGGCAUACACGCGAUCAUCUACGAUAAGAUGGACAUUUUCUCCGACAAGGCAGUGAAGGAGAGUGUAUUUUUAGUUGGCGCACGUGAAUCGCAAGCCGCACUAUUGCAGCAGAUCGACAUCGAGAACCGGUACGAGCAAACGAACCAGCAUGAAUUUUUGAACGAGCAGGACGUGCGGCUUAGUCUCGAUAAGGCGACCUCGUCCGCCGGCUCGGCACUCUCCACCUCGACGCCAUCGAUUUGAGCUGUUUCCGGUAUCGCCUUCCCCCAGGAGCUAAUAUCAUUGUGCAGGUGAUCGUGCUUUAGUGCAGCAGAACGAUCGACCCGAACGGAAUUAAGCAUACGCGUGUGCGGUGUAAUAGCGAAAAUGCGGAAAGAUAUUGUCAACAGAAAAAAAACGAGUUGUUUUGGGCAGUGGUAUUGUGUGAGAUGAUCUUACGAAUUUAUUUACAUACAACUGCAGCUGCGUAGCUUGAAUGAAACCUGAAUCAUCUGUACUAGCAAAACGGUUACAUGAGAUUGAGAUUAUUUAUGCUUUCCAAAAACACACGUCGCCGCCGAUUGGCGUGCAAUUGAAUGCGGGUUUUAACGUAGGCAAACGGAAGCAUGUUUGCAAGUUGAGGGAUGUCGCGAUAAAUGCGCAACCGAAAGCAAUUCCAAAAUGCAAUAGUUGUUUUGUUACAGCCAAAGCCACCGAAACGUAUGCAAAAUUUAGCCAAUUCAAUGUUUUCGAGGUUUAUCAUCGAGGUAGAGCUGUUAGGUAGGAAAAGGAUAAAACGAAGGAUCGGUACAGAUUGUCCGUUCGGCAAAGAACUAGGUUGUAGGGAUUAUAACACUAAGUGGCACUUUUUAUUAUUUAAGAAAGCGUUUACAGCCGCGUUGUCAGGCUCUACGGAAACACAUAAGGAGGCUUCAAUUUAUCACAUAAAGCACUAGCUAAUUGCAUGUGGUUUUUCUAUGUUUUGUUAAUUUUAUAUGUCCUCAUUAGAGGCGCAAUAAAUUUAGAAUCAUAUUCAUAAAAUAUUAUUGUUUAACGUUUAAAUAAAGUUAUUACAACCUGCA